UUUAUUUAAUUAAAUUGUGACAUGGAUUUCGAAGGGGGCUAGGAGUUUUUUUUUAUAUAUAUAAAUAGCCUUUUUCUUUAUUACGCACGCCAGUUGCCAUGGCGCUGGCCAAAUCAACAAAUUACCCCUGCAGAUAUAAAUCUCUCCUGCUGCUUCAGAAAACUUUGUUUUUUCCUUUAGUCUUGUGAAAGAAAAUGCAGGAGGAGGAUGAUUUGGACGAAACACCUCCUUUUCAACCACUGUACAAUUUGUUGGAAAAAGUGCGAGAGGCGAAUCUUGAGUUGGAAACAUUGGAAGCACCUUCAGAAGACCAGCCGCGGCCUGCAAGGGUGAAAUUUAAAGAGGAAAUCACCGAAUUUGAGUUUUGGGAUUCUGAAGACGAUUGGUCGGGCGAGGGUCUCCUGGCCAGUACUAAAGAGGAGGACGCGAAUGUGUUGAUUUCUGAUGAUGACGAUAUUGAACUUUUACCUUUGGAGGAAGAGGUCCGUCUUGGCUUUCCGCACGGUGCCGAAAUGCAGGACAACUUCGAGGAUGACGACGAGCCAGCUCGGCCUCGAGUCGGUCCUUCGAGCGUGGAUGAGGAAGUUUUGGAACAGGACGGAAGUCAAAGCAGCACCACCUGCGGCGCGGUUCGCUCCAUCUCGGAGGAAUUGUGUCUGCACCUGGACUUGCGGGACAGCAGCGACGACGAGCAAAUCGACUACGGCCGGCAGAGAAGGUUCGAGGGCAGGACGCGGCCCUGGACGGCGCCCUCGGCAGGACAAAAUCAAAAACACAGAGACGCGUGCAAGGGCAGCAGGUGGACUUGCGCUCACCUGCCGCACUACAACGGACUGCGGUCGGAAUAUGGACUCAGCAAGGAGCAGCUUGAAGAGAGGAAAAGGUUAAAGAGACAAAUUUAUGAGGAGAGGAGAGAGAUGGCAAUCAAACAGCAACAAGAGCUGCAAGAACGCCAUGAAGAGAAUGAGCGCAACUUCCGAGCGUGGAUGGUGCGCAAACAGGCUGAAAAGUUCUUCUACGGUGGCAAGAGAGCCACCCUGGAGGAGCAGAGGGUGCAGAAGGUGUUGGCUGAGGCGCGAAAACAAGAAGCCGAGGAGAGCUACAAAGAGUGGCUGCGCCGGAAAAGGCAGGAGAAACGAACCAGAAUUGGCAGACAUAAAAACAGGUGGACUAUUCACGAUUUCGAGCGGAUGCUGGGCUCAGUGGACGACCACACAGAACGGACCUUUCGGAUUUACCUCGGCUUUAGCAAAUAACGGAAUAAAAACGCUCAAAAUUUCCAAUGGCGUAGAGAGAAAGGCUUCUCUGCUUUAUUGUUUUCAACAUAUUCUCCUUAACUGAUUUACUCAUUAAUUAUAAUCAAUAUUU